AAGCCCUACUCCGAUAGAACGUUCAUCCCCUUGGUUGGCCAACCUCCCGACAAAGAAAGCCAACAAGUUAGCCAUUCACUAUGGUGGUCUUGAUUCAGGAGGACCUACUACAAAUGAAUAUUUGGUUGGCCCAACUUCUGAGAGUUCGGCUGCAGGCCUCACCUCAGCUGAUACCGAGACCCAGGAACCUACACUUGCAGUGGAUCGACUCAUUCGGCCAUCGACAGAGUCAAAAAAUGCAGAUCCGCCUCAAGUUCCAGUUAUUCGAGCAUCUGGUAUCCCUCUCUCAAUGCCGCUUAGUCCUCGACCAAAAAAGUUAGACAAUUUGAUAGUUCCAGCAAAGAAAGACGAUGGUGCAACUGUGGAGACAUCCGACUACCUCGAGGACUCGGAUCAUUCGCGCCUAUCUAAGGCAGUCAAGACAAUUGUUCGCCAAGUGACUCAUCAGCUGGCAUUGCCACUUUACGAAUCUGAGGGCUCAGUGAUCAGCGGUAUCACACUAGACUCAAACCGAGACAACUUUACGAACAGACAAAGCAGCCCAGGGCUUACUAGAGAAGAGGUGGUUUCCUGA